AUGGCACUGAUAACAAACGGCAUAUCACGAAAUGGCAUUGCGGUGUUUUCUGGUGGCACAGCAGCAAACAGCCUCGUCGAUGUGUUCGAGUUAGUCCGUGAAGCAAAUCAAAGCACACUUGCAUACAUCAUACCGGUGAGCGACAAUGGCGGAUCCUCGAGCGAGCUCAUUCGCGUCUUUGGGGGACCUGGUAUCGGCGAUGUUAGAUCCCGUCUUGUCCGAUUGAUACCAGAGAAUGGCGAGGAGGCUACAGCAAUCAAGCACUUCUUCAACCAUCGAUUACCCAGAUCAUAUGUUCCAGCUCGUUCGGAAUGGCUGGACAUUGUUGAGUCUACACAUCCGCUGUGGACUGGCAUUUCUUCGCCCAAGAAAGAACUUAUCCGUAGCAUACUGAAUUCGAUCAAUGUCGAGAUGCUGAAGCGCAUCCGACCUACUAGCAGAUUUGAUUUCAGUGGAGCCAGUAUUGGCAAUCUCUUCCUUACUGGUGGACGACUCUUCACUGGCAGUUUUGAGGCUGCUAUCUAUCUUCUGUCAUCUGUCUGCGGUGUUCCGCCCUCAAUCUCAGUCCUCCCGGUCUUGAACACAAACUUCGCGCAUCAUAUCGCUGCCGGUCUUGCCAAUGGAACAGUCAUCACAGGCCAGAACAGCAUUUCUCAUCCUUCUGUACCGACGGCCGCGGUGCCAGUCGAGCCUAUGUCGCCGAGUCUACGUUCCAAGCGCGAGGCAGAAGAACGAGAAAAGACUGAAGAUGCGAACGGACCAGGCACUCUACCCAGUCUGCGGAAGCCGGCUCUAGUAUUCUCUAAGGAAGAUGAGGAAGACCUCCCUGCACGAAUCAAGCGGUUAUGGUACAUCAACCCUUACGGACAGCAGAUUACGAUCCCUGCCAAUCCUCGCGUACUCGAGGCGCUUGGAAGUGCUUCGUGCAUAAUUUACAGCAUCGGCUCCCUCUUCACGUCGAUCAUCCCAUCCUUGAUACUAGGUGGCGUUGGCGAAGCUGUAUCCUCCACAACCAUUAAGAGGAAGAUUCUGAUUCUCAAUGGGACGAUAGAUCGCGAGACUGGACCUUUGGCCACUCCUUUCACCGCAAUGGACUUUGUAGCAGCGAUUGCAAACGCUUGCUGCGAGUCGAGGCAUCUGAGUCGCACUACGCCCGCCAAUUACUGGCUCUACGUCUCGCAUGUCGUCUAUCUGGACACACCUACGAGUCCCAGGAUCGACAGGGAUGCCUUCAAUGCUCUCGGCAUCGAGACUAUGAGAAUCUAUGGGCGCAAAGGCGAGGAAAGUACUUCGCCAAGAUAUGAUGCGAAAGCCCUCACACAGGCACUGGAGGCUAUCAUUGGCAGGAAAGAUACGAAGGGUGGGCCGACGAGGCGAAAUACACUUAUCGGAUAA